CGAUCAGAAAUUUUUUUAUAGGAAUAAUUAAAUUUCAGCACUUCCAACAGUUGUAAAAAAUAUUCUGUUAAACGCGACCAGUGUUGAACUCAAUAUAAUUUAACAAUGUUUUCUGAAUGUUGAAUUGUAACGUUUACAACACAUAACAAUUCAGCGGACAUCGGACGUUUUUGCGAUAUCUUUUCAACGUUGAAUCUAUACAUUUCGUAACAUUGAUGCAAUAUUGCAAUGUUGUAAUGGAAGGUUUCCGAGAUGUUGAUUCAACGUUUGUGUGCUGUAUGGGUAGUGUCUUGAUUCGCUUUCGUGUCUGCACGAUUCCAACGAAAGUACAAACCCGUGCGUCGUUACGACACGUGCAGAAAGAACCAUCGCGUCCUCUUAGGGGGAAUAGACGUUAGACAAACGCGUGUACAUUAAUUUCCGCAUGAAAGAGUCUUCACAGCCGACAUCUCACCGGAGCUACGGGGAGCGUCAUCUCGAGUAGUUAAAUCGCGAACGAGACGAUGCGUUACCGUCGACGCGCGCGAUCCUCCGACGCGUCGUCGAUCUAACGAUUUUCGAGAAGACGGAAGACUGCGCGGACAGCAAUCUCGAUCGACGUGGACGAAUCGUAAGAGAGCCGGGCGGUUAAUCGUGGAUAGCUUGGCUCAUUUUGCGCCGUGUCGCAGCCGCGGCCGCGGGAGACGGAAAGGGCCGCGAGGUCGUUGUAUCUCGGAGCUUCACGCGCGGUUAUCCGGGAUUAAGCUCGGCGCAACGAGGUCGCGAGGGACGAGAAGAAAAGUGCCAGAAGAGCCGUGUAACGCGCAGGUGAAUCGCGACACUUUCGCGCGAGACACCCGGCAGGUACAUCGGGCCGAUUAGCGAGAUUGCGCUUAGACGACAGGACAUACGAGAGAUAUUCGUGUAAACCUUAAUUGUAGAUACGUAAUCGACACACAUUGCAUCCCAUGAGUACAUAUAUAGAGUAUCGCUGGUGCGGAAAGCAGCAUCGGGAGGUGAUCGGCGAGUUGGCGAGUGUCCGUCGACGGAAAAGAGGGAUCGAUGAGACGGAGAAUGCGUGCGACCACGCCAAAAAUAAAAACCUCUCACUUACGUCACUACGCUCUACCUUAGGUACCUCGUGCAAUUUACACGUCGCUAAAAAGAGAGAGAAAGUAAGCGAAAGAGAGAAAGAGAGGGAGAGAGAGAGAGGGGAAGAUAUGUAACACAUUAUUUACACUGUAUUGCUUCCACGUGGAUUAUUAAGAGAUAAUUUGAUUCAAUUAACGUACUGCGAUACUUCACGAAGGCAGAGAAGGAUAAUUAACGUUUAGAUCCUCGUAAUUGUCACAAGUUACCACUUCGUACGAACGCAAUAGUGUAACGACGCGCCCGCAGCGCGUCCCGCAUUAGAAUCGCUCUGGAGAGGCAUUGUAAUAAUAUUUUUGUUUUUAAAUUUAUAUCCGUUCGUUGUCUCUCAACACACCCGCAUCCACCCCAAAGUUUCUCGCCGAGGAGGAAGUGGCUGCGAUCUUUAUAAAAAUUUAUCUUUACUCAUCUUUAUAAAAAUACAUGUAGAACGUAAUCACUUAGUCUCAUUAUAUAAAUACCACGAAACGCGCGACGAAAGAUCACACAUCGUUGUCCCGCGAUGCACAACGUCCAGGAGUAUGAAUUCUUUGAGCACGUUCUUUUCAGGGUCCAUUAAAACUCGUCUAAUCCGACUUAGUUAGUUUUUUAAUUUAUUCACGUUACAAUCUUGAAAAUAAAAACUUUGCAAAUGACGGACGAACGAUUUGUACCGCUUGUAAAUAUACAAAAUAAUCAAUUUCAGGGAACCGUUAAAAAAAAUCCCUGCUCACAGAAUUUGGGCGUUGAUUCUCUUCUGUUGGAGGAAUGCGAGGCAAUGAGUGUACAAGUAGAUUUUUCAAAUUAGAUCUAUUUAGAUUAAUUCUCCUUCGUACCACUUUAAGAUUUAAAUGAGUUUCGACACUGCCUCGAACACUAGAAACCCGACUUCGCAGGCUUGUCAGUAAAAAGUGAAGCACUCCGUGCGAGAUUUACAAGACGGAGAUUUAGUAUCGACGUAGGCACGACCCUGAAACUGAUUCCCGCCGCAGUUUAGCACGAACGGUACCGGCAAACACGAAUGGCUCCUCAGUCCUUCCUUAUCGAUAUCCUUAUCUACUAGACGUAUUUAGAAAACUUGCCAUCCCUUAAAAGGAUAGUACGCACCGCGUGUACCUCACCCUCACGUGCAAUUCACUCAAGGUCCGCAAAGCAUCGCUACCACUCACCGCCUGCCAAUCAAGAUUCAGACACCCGUGAAGGAUCAGCCGACCGGUUCAAAGAUCGGCGACAAUGGAAUGCCCCAGCCGCCACCCUCGACGCCGACAAAAGCCCGUGGCACCGUGUCACCCUCGGCCGUCGUGACACCCCAAGCUGUUAGAAGCGGACUGGCCAGAUCUCCGGAAGCCACGACGCCCAGAGGGCAACUCGCGCAGGAAACGGGGGGUUCGACCCCCGCGAACGGACGGGCGUCCAAAACACCGCCAGAUGUGACAAGCAGCAGAGGCACGCCGAAAGGUCGCUCACCAGGGAGGUCGCCAACUUCCCCGCGUCCGCCCAGCAGUUUGCGCGUUAGAUCCGCUGGCGAUAAGUCCUCGCCUGGCACACCCAGAAAAACAUCCCCCAGCACGCCGAGGAAAACUCCGUCCCCCAAGGAGCUGCGUCUUCCGAAACUCGCGUCUUCGCCGAUAUCACAAGAAGCAGGCCCAGCGGCUGCCGAAACUCAUGCGAAAAUCUCUUUACCCAAGUUGAUCGAGCCAUCCUCGCAAUCCGCCCGAAUGGCAUACUAGAGCUAUCGAAUCAAAAACACGACGGGCUUUCUAGUACUUUAGUACAGGGUGCUACGGACUCCUCGCGUGCUCUCCGCGGUUAAUUCAAAGUCGUUUUUCUCGGCAAAAAUUUCAUUUCGUUCUUCUGCUCGCAAUAAUGUUUAAACCUCUAAAUAAUCACAGAAGGGGCUCAGAGCCUGGACAGGGUUAUAGUGUCAAAACAAUUAUUUAAUUAAUGUAGCAAGUGAAGAAACAUUUUGGUCCUAACUGGAUCAUCUUCAGUAUAUAAAAACAAGGGAUAUAAAUUUCCAUAUGAUAGAUAACAGAAUACAAUUGAUACAAGAACCUACGUAGUCUAUUACGCAAGAAAUAAUAAAAAUUAGUGCCAUGUGAGAUAGAAAAGGAAAAGAGGUACUUGGAAUCGUGUUGACCAGCAUCGAUGACGUUACCAAAAUGAGGAAUAAAGGGUAAAUAACCAGGAUAGGAGUGUAUUGAGAGGAAGAAGGGAUAAAUAAAAAAGGAAAGGAAAUUAAUGUGAGGGGGAGGAAGCAAGUUCAAAAUAGGGAAAUAUUUAACUGCCAACAGGUUUGCGCCUGUUUAUUAACGGGAGCAAUUUGGCGUUUAAUAUGUACCAUCUCUGAAUGAGCCUUUUUGUAGAAAGAUUUUAUUCACUUGCUACUUUAAUUAAAUAAUUUUUUUGACACUAUAAACCUGUUUAACGAUUACUUCGAUUUUUACCAUACGUGUAUGAGCCAUUGUUGUUUAUGCUUGAACUUCUCUAUAUCUGCAUUAAAAUCAAAUGAGAAAUGAAAUGUUUGCAACAUUAAAAGUUGAGUCAUAAUCUCAUAGGAAUAAAAAAUAUUACUGAUUUAAAAGGAACUUGCGUCUAUAAUAAGAGGAACCACGAGGUCUGGAGCAUCCUGUUUAUUUCAUAAAAGUGGGAGUGUAAACUAAUUAGUUAUUUAGAAAAACCAACGAUAGGAAAGUCGCCACAAACUACACUUGCUACAGCAGACGUAUUCUUUUUAUUAACAAAUCUCUAUACUCUUAAGUAAAAAUAAACUUUUUUAUUCUAAAUCUAAUUUUAACUGAAUAGAAGAUCGACUCGAGAGUAUAAUAGAAUGAAAGUUCGAGACAGAAUGGAACAGAAGCUUGCAAGUCUUACGCGUUUCAAGUCGUGCAAUUUCCAAUUUUGUAUCUUCCUUAUGCGGAAGAAUAACGGGUGUCGGGAACGCAUUCAUCAAAUACCAAUGAAUUGACGAAUGAUUGCAAUAUCGUUUUACCUUGUUAUUCUUAGGCCAUAAAAGGAAUUGAUCGAAAUUCAUUUAUUAUUUCUCGAAACUUGGAUUAUAAAUCACGUAUUUUUAAAAGGACAUUUUUAAUGGCUUGCUUAUAAUUUUCGAAAAUAUAUAUAAAUAAAAUAUAUAUACGCAAUAUAUAUAUAAUUAUUGAAGAAUAUAAUUGAAUAUAUCCAUGUUUAUUAUCUAAUGAGUGGGAAAUGAGGGAAAGGAAGGCAUGGAAGAUAGCAUCGACAAAGCAAAAGUUAAUAUACGCGAGAUUUAUAGAAGUAAAAAUAUAUAUAUAUAUAUUUCGACUGUCAAGACUUUUGAACACGUGCAAUAUUAAGUUAUUUCCAUCCAAAGUUGUUUCACACUCAAGUUCCAUGUAAAAACAAAAAUACAGCAAUUCAAUCGGCAGUAAAA